GCUCGCUCCUGCUCGCAUCGCCAACACGAUCCAGUCCGGUCCGGUCAGGCGCUGUCGCGAGACGAGAUUCUCGGAUGCGCGGUGGAUUCGACAGUUUCUCGUGCAGCGCUUAGCCGGCACAGCGACCGCAAUCUCGUCCCGUCGCGUCGUUCCUGCCUGUGCGGUGUGGUUGAUCAUACCCGAUUUCGAUCGCGAUUUUUCUGUGCUUCAUCUUCGCUCCUCGAAGAGGACCCACGCGAGCGUGGAUUAGCGCGAAUUCGAUAUCUCGUAGUAGAUGUAUUCGCGAAGGGAGUUCUUUUCCCAGCCGAAGUCAUAUAGUUGAACAUCACCCUUCGACAGUCGGAGCACAUCCCUCCGAUUCGUUCGACUGUUCUGUUUACUCGCGAUCGUUAUAGAGAUAAAAAUGCUCAUAGAAAUUUACGUGUAGGAGAAGGAAAAAGAAACGCCGAUUAUUUAUGACUGCAUUAUUCUGCACGCGGAUGUUACGUUCCGGAGUUGUUUACCGCGCGCGCCACGUUUAUUUCGUACCACGUCGAAAUUUCUUCCGCUCCGCGUAGUAUUGUGAUAAAAUCGUGUCUGUGAAUCACCUGUAAGUAGAUACGAAACGUCGCCUACGACAUAUAUACUUGUUUCGUGUCAAGUGUACGUUGGACGUGCUGUCAAAGAAGGACGAACGUGUCCCUCGUUCCUGCACGUUUCUGCCGUGUGUACUUUUCCUCCCGCGGCCCAAAUGUCGCUCGUCUCCGUCAUCGAGCCAGUGGAUGACACAGAGCCACCAAUCGGCCGGUUUGCUUCCAGAAGGAAGAGCGUUUUCGCGGAAACUUACAAUCCCGAGGAUGACGAGGAGGAUGACGGCUUCAAGAUGGUCCAUCCGAAGAGCGACGAGCAGCGACAAAGGCUCGGCGAAAGCGUGAAGAACAUACUCCUGUUUCGCGCUUUAGACGAGGAACAAAUGGCGGACGUACUGGACGCAAUGUUCGAAAAAACCGUUCAACCGGGAGAAUUUAUUAUCCGACAGGGCGACGAUGGUGACAACUUUUAUGUGAUCGAGAGAGGGAAAUUCGAGGUGUACGUCAAAGAUCCCGUCACAGCAAAAGAUAAUCAUAUUCACACUUACGAUAAUCGCGGCGCUUUUGGAGAAUUGGCCCUUCUGUACAAUAUGCCCAGAGCAGCCACUGUCAAAGCUUUCACGUCUGGCACACUCUGGGCCAUGGACAGACAGACCUUCCGACGUAUUCUCCUUAAAUCCGCGUACAAGAAGCGUAAAAUGUACGAGAAUCUUAUUGAUAAAGUGCCGAUGUUGAAGUCUCUGGAGUCUUACGAGCGGAUGAAUUUAGCGGAUGCUCUAGUACCGAAACAGUAUUCAGAUGGCGAGCAGAUAAUCAGACAGGGCGACACCGCAGACGGAAUGUACUUCGUCGAGGACGGCGUCGUCAGGAUCACCAGACUCGGCGAGCACGGUCGUGAAAUUGAGAUUAAUCGUGUUCCGGCUGGCGGUUAUUUAGGCGAGCUGGCACUCGUGACGCAUAAACCACGCGCCGCUUCGGCCUACGCUGUGGGGGACGUCAAACUGGCAUUUUUGGACGUUGAAGCUUUCGAACGUUUGCUCGGCCCGUGUAUGGAGCUUAUGAAACGUAAUAUCGACGAUUACGAGGAACAACUAGUCAAAAUUUUCGGCAGCAAAACCAACAUCUCUGACAUUCGAUGAACUGUCUCCGGACAGAGCCACGUCGCCAUACUGCUGUACCAAAGGACGCGACACUUUCGUACAGCGUAUAAUAUAUAACGAGCACAAAAAAGAACUUGUACCACCUACUUCUGAAUCUCAUCCCGCGUGUUUUCGGGUAUCAUCUCGGAGUCAACAACUGUUUCGUAUGACUGUUCACUUAGACGUAUUACCGAUUAAGAUUCGUCGAAUAAUAGUUACCAAGUUUAUACCUACGACACACAUUGAACAAAGCUGUAGGCUGCUCGAUUAUGUGCGCGUGUAUAACGUAACAACACGGUAUUAAUGACUAUUUCUCUAAGACUGUAUUGGAUCAAAAAGAGAGUAUUAGUGCAUUCUGUUUACACGCUCGAUCGUUUUUUGCGAAACGAAUAUCUUCAUUUGUUGCCUCAGUGAAAAGAUCGGAAUGUGACAUUUUGAGAUUUACAGGACAUACAAAGCAUUAUUAUAGUAUUUAACUUGUCCCCGGAGUGACUCAAGUUUAUCUCAAUGUAUCCAAUCUAUACGCUCACACACAAUUCGUGUAUACUCUCGUGCAUUAUCCAUUUUUAAGCAAAUCAGCGGCUACAUUUGUAAGACAUAGUAGGAGUCUAGAAUAUUCGAAAUCGAAUGCCCUUCUACCGCUACUCUCUGGCAAAAGAAAAUUGCAAAUGUAAAUUUUACAAGAGAAACGACCACAUUAUUAAUUGAAUAUUGAACGCGAAUCUCUUGCAAGAUUUCUACGAAAAAUACCUAUAUAUAUAUAUGCAUAUCACUCUUUUGGAGAUAAUGAAAGUAACAUUGCCAUUUUUAAUGAAAGCAGGCAGAAUUGUACAAUAUUCUUAUACAUCCAUUUAACAAUGUAAUAUCUUGAUAAAAUAUCAGAUCAGACAAUCAAGAUUUUGUCUAUAAUUCGCGACACGUAGUAAAUACGCAUUUCGCGAAUAAAUAUUCACAUAUACUUACAUAACUAUGCAUCACACGCACAUAAUAGUAAAAUAAUUUUCUAAUUUGUUAUUUUAAUUUUACUUUUCUUAAUAGAAAUUGGUCUCUUAUGUAUAUAUGAAUUACUUUUUUACGCGUAUUAAUAUAACUUUUAUGUUAUAUUACAAACAAUGAUUCAGAGAUGUUGUUAUAACUUUGCACAUAAUUAUUUAUGAUUAAAUUAGUAUAUAUAUCACGUAACAGAUUUUUACUAAAUAAAAUCAAUUAUUUUCUAGUAAAAAAAAAAUAAAUUCUGAUAAAAGAUUGUUAUAUAUGUUCUUUAUUAUAGAAAUUGAAAAGAUAAAUGCCAGAGUCGUACAAAUGCAUUCUAUUUCGGAUAUAGAGUACUCUCUCUAAAAACUUGCACUAGAAAGUCCAGGUCUAAAGGAGCCUUAAAAUUGACUUAAAUGCGCGGAUAUAACGAUGCAAAACGAAUAUGUACAUUGCGCGUGUACAAAGUAAUAUAAAAGAAAAUAUGUAUAGCAACAUGCAUAUAAAUGUUACAUGAGAAAAAAAGGGGGCAUAUAUUUUCUAAUUGCUUUGUACUUGCAUGUAUCAGAUUAGGUGAAUUUUAGCGUAAAAAAAAAGAUAUAGCCGCGCGUUUAAGCCAACAUUAAAUUCAAGUGUGUCUUGCCAUAAAUAAUGGUAACUCGAGGAUCGUUUACGAGAAACCGUCAACUUAUUUUUAUUACAUGUGUACAAGACACGUUAUGUGUAUGAUGAUAUACAUCUAUCAUCGUGAUAAAAGUCCAGUCAAAAACCGAUUCAAUUAUAGUACGGACAGGUGCGAAUGCUAGUCACUUUUUAUAACCGUGUUUUUGUCACGCUCUCCUCUGACAAUUACAUCGGUCGCGAAAAAAAAAAAAGAAAAAAUACUUUUUAUUACGGUGAACCGUAUAUUUACUACAUGACUGAAACUCGCGAUAUGAAGCGGCAGGGCUUUUUAAAUAAUAUCACAAUCGUGUGAGGGAGAAAAGGGAGACUAGUACGAAAGUGAAGAAACGGAGAGGGGAUAGCAUAGGAAUUGAUAACCGUAGUAUUUUAUCAAUUACUCUUCACUCGCGGUAUUGACGCCUUGCAUGGCCUUAAUAAUUUUUUUUCUCUCUUUCCAUGCUCGGCUCAUUCUCUUAUUAAACAGUGUAACCAAAUCUCGCGGAAUUCUUCAAGUGAACAAUUAAAUGAAUUAAAUGGAGUAUCUCGACAAUUUGAAGAUAAUUCACACUUUAGAACGUUAACAGUUGAAAAAAAGCAGUUUGUUUGCCGAUAUAAUAUCAGUAUCUUUAGUCUUCCACUGUGUCUCCAGGCUGUGAUAUUAUUUUCGACUGAGUAUUUCAUUCCUUUCUUGUAGUCUCUUACAAGAAGCAUAAAAGAAUAUCGUAAUCAUUAUCGAAUUCGCGAGGCAUUAAACUGGUGGAUUGAUUUUUAAAUGAUUCAACCAACCUAUCUCUUAUAUAUGUAAGUGCGACAAAGAUUUUAAUGGAUUAAACAAAAGUGACUUGAUCAUUGUUGGACACGAGAACAACUCUAUACGUAUCGCAAAAGGGAAAAAGAAGAAAAAAAAACAAAAAAAAAGCUGAUUCGCAUACUGAGUAAACUCGAUACGCAUAAGUACUUACUUGUGUUAGAUUACAUUCGCUAAAUUAAGUGUGAAGUGUUGAAGUUAGAAUCUGUCCAAUUCGCAUUACUGUAUCUAUCAUGAGAUUUAUCUUAUGUGUUGCGUGUUGUCGUUUAUGUAUGGAUGUGAACGUGUUUGCAUGCGUGUAUGACGAUCGAGCCAGUAAUUCGUUAAUUUAUGUUGCUACUAUCGAUAGUUUACACUCUCCAAUAGUUGUAUAAUUCAUGUUAUCGUCAUUAAAGGCAAUACACCGAAAUAUGUCCUACGGAUAAAUAUUGUAACAGUAGUUGUAUGCCUUAUCGUGCCACUGGAUCUUCGUCUUUCUGCUUUCAAAGGGAGAAAGAUUUGUGAAAAAUCGAAGAUACAGAUUUCGUUGUACAUCCGCGAUCUACACUGCUGGAUAAAACGAUUAGACACUUUAGUAAAUUGUCAUAAAUGCCUUUAUAAGUCAAUAACGUUAGUGAAUUAAAAGUUGUGAUUUCACAUGGACGAUAAGACAUUGACAAGAAUUAUAUAAGAUAACUACGUAAAGAUUUACUCAAAAAAUGAUUCAGAAUAAUUUUAUUAUUAAUACGAGAUAUUAGAAUUUUAUUUUUACAACGUUUUUCCAAGAAAGUGUCUUUCUUGGAAUUUAAAUGUUCAUUGUUUACCUCUCAGUUAGAAAUUGGUAUCAAAUUUUAUUCAUUUAUUGAAAUAUUAUUUGAACGUUAAAAUUUUUAUUUGUUGCAUAAUGCUAUGUAACAUGCUUGUAUGAACUCAUGUCCCAGUAAUUUUCACAGUGUUUUGUCAUUGUGUCCAGCAAUGUAUAAUUAUGUAUCCACGUGUUAUAUCCAACGAUGGGCAUUCGAUUCUCUUUUCUGCAAGUUUUUAAGUAAUUCAGCUAGUAUAAAAUUUCGGAUAAUUUCGAAUAUUAUUAAAGAAUUUUAAUGAAUUUUAGCGAAUCUUUAACUUCUUGAAAAUAAUUAGUUUUAAGAAAUUUUUAAAACUUAAAAUUGUUAAAAAUUUAAUAUAUUGAUAGCUAUGUGUGAAUUAUUGCAAUUAAGUUAACAGUAUCGCGAUUUAUACAGAGAAUAAUCUUAAUUUAGAUUAAAAAUCUCUAAAUAUACAUUUCAUAUGUGUGUGGUAUAUGAAACGGUACAUGUAUCAUAAAAACUUUUAAUGAACGCAAACGUUUCAAGAUUUUCGAAACUGGGGAUACCUUUAAAAUUCAUAAACGUUUUUCGUUCCACGUAAUAUACAAAAUAAUUCGAAACUUCCGUAAUGAUUUAAAGCACUUGUUUCAGCCCAUCACUAAAAUUACAUCGCAAUUCUAGUCGAGAGCGACAUGCGACAUUGAGAAAUGUUUCCGACCAAAUAGCAUGUAUCGAAUCAGAGAGUUGACGAAUUGACAGCAGUAAUCCGUAACGGCUAAUAAUGUGCCAGUAAUACUUAGUUUUCAUAUUUGACUUACGUUUUUCCUUGGUGCAACGAUAUAUUCCUAAUGUUUUUAAUUUAUCAAGCGUAGUAGCGUUAGUAGCUGUUAUGUAUGUAUUAGCAAUGUGUCAUUGUGCAUGUAACAGUGCACUUUGCAUCGGACCAAUUUCAAGGAGCAAUUGAGCUUGCGACGUAUCUUUUCUUGCUUUUGCUCGUAUUCCUUCUUAUCGUAACGUAGCUUCAGCAUAUUUUUCGCCGAUGUAAAAACCCGUUGUACGGAAUUCCGAAGUAUCAUGCGUACUAAUAACUGUACUGCCCUCCCGCCCUGCUCACGGUGAUUUUAAAUAUUAUUUCUAUCGCGCGCGCAUCGCGAACUGUAAAAUUCAUACACAGAGUCUACACGUGACUCGACGGAUAUCUGCGAAAAGUAAAUUUUCAAGUAACUUUCCAAAAUCUCUUCCUGCAUUAAUGCACUUAAAGAAAAGCAAUACGAGUCUCAAACUCGAUUGCAUGCUGACAAUCGUCCGGUGUCAUCACACGAGAAACGCUUGUAUUAUGAAAAGUAUUUUAUGCCUUUAUUUAUUCUUUUAGAAAUCUCUAUAUUAGCAUUUAAAUGCUAUCGAAAUGCUUUCUUCGCUCGUGAUCAACAACUGCACUUCUUUCUCCAUAAAUGGUGAUAAUAUUAAUGUUCCGCCACGAAGAAAAAAAAAACAGAGAUUAUGCUUUUAAAUUCCUUCGACAGCGACAGCACGUAAGUUAAACGCGUCGUAGAUGCUUACGUGCAAUUAUAAUAAAAUGAAAGAGAAGAGUACACUCUCUAUAUGCGGUUAAACAAAAAAACGAUCGGUGACAAAAUUUAGGACGUUUGAGGGUCCGAAAGUGUGUACGUCUCUUUCUCUCUCUCUCUCUCUCUCUUUGCGUAUUCCCAUUGUGUCCCAUUGUGUCAUUUUCUAUUAUGUCUUCGAACCAAAGCAUGAUAAAGAGGAACCUCUCUGAUUGUACUGUGAAUGUUGAAUAAAUUUAGAACGUAAUUAGCCUUAAAA